AUGCUUGCUUCCCUGAAAUCUGAAAAUGAAUCUCUCCAAGCCGAUCAUGAGGACUUAAUUACCAAGUUCCAAUCUUCGGAACGCGAGUGGAUUCAGCGUUAUAAUCACUUGUCACAGAAACUACAAAUCCAAAAGACGCUUCAGUUCCGAAUUGAAAGUGAUCACGAAGCUAUGGAAGACGAGUCGUUGCUACCUGAGAGUGCACAAAAGCCUGAAAUCUCGGAGCUUCAAAGACAUCUUUCUGAGGCCCGGUCAAGAAUUAUUUUUCUUGAGACGGAGCUCAAUGCUAUUUCUUGCAGAGAAGCCAUAACUGUGGGAACAGAAACGGAUCCUUUAUUUGGCGAAUCUCAAGAAACCGAUGCAAGGUUGCAUCUUUCACCGACUCCUUCGCCACGUAUCAGGUCCAAUUUGAAUACUGAUUCGUCAAAACCUCUUUCAGAACUUACUGCUUCGUCAAAGAGUCGAGAAUAUUCGGAACUUCUGCGGCGACACAAUGCAGCUCGAUUGAUAAUUGAGGAUUUGGUGCACAAAAACGUCUCAUUGAGCAAGGAACUAGCCACUUGCCAGCAAGAUCUGGGCGGCUAUCAGUCAAAACUGGCUAAGGUGUCAGAAGAGCUACUAACAGAGCGAGCACUACAUGCUGAGAACUUAGGAGAUUACAGAAAAGAGGUGCAGGGUCUUCAAGACCGAAUAACUGAUCUGCUUGAAUAUCAAGGUCGAUGUGAUGCACUGACUUCUGAACUAAGUCAGCUUAAGGAGAAAGAAGAGAUAUUUAAAUGUGAACACACUCAUCAGCUCCAAAACCUUGACAUGAUGCUACAUCAGGAAUGCAAUAGAGCUGCUUAUGAUUUAAUGACUGGUCAGAAUACGGAACCAGAAGAGAUCGAUGAUAAAGCGGUUCGCGUUCAUUUUGACAGACCUGAACUGAUGGAACAGGAAGCCGUUGCUUACAGCAGUCCACCCAGAAAAGCCGUACAUCCUCAUCUCGAACCUCCUGUUUGCGAGGAGACAGUUUAUGCAGAAGAACCUGCAUCUGAGGUUGAAGACCCCAUUCAGGACGUUGUUAAUCCUCUUCAUAUUUCCGGAGGCAUACUAGACAAGACCAUCCAGAAGUUGCAGGUAGCUCUGAAGCGCUUACAAUCGGAAAUCUCGGUUAUGGAGACACCUGAGCUUUGUCCCAUGUCGAGAGGUGACGAGGGUGAUUGUUGCACCAUAGACGCCUUUAACUCUGUGGAUAGACUAAAAGAAGUCCGCCUCAUCAUUCAAAGUCUUCUCAAUCACUUUGACAACAUUCGAGCCAUGAAGCUAUCUCUCAGUAGAACGAUUAAUAGGAGUCUCCUAGUGAAUGCCUCCGUAGAAGUGGGUUGUGAUCUCCGACGAAUCCAUUCUACAGUUCUGCCUCUUCAGGAUGAAAAUAAAAAGAAGGCAGAGGACGAGAAUGUCUUAAGCUUCUCGCACUCCACUGCAGGUAUAACAACCAUUGAGGACUUGAAAGACCAUGAUAACGAGGCGAUAACAGAAAGGAGUGGUGAGGCUACCUUUGAUAUUUCUCGCGAAGAUAUCAAGUCUUCCGAUGUCUCUGCCAUUGAGGCUCGAAAUCGAAUCUUCUUUGAUCGUGUCACGUUGGCGGUUGCAAAGAUCCAAGACGCCGUAGAGGACUUUUCAUUUAAAGCUGCCACGGAAGUGCUCACGGCUUUGGCUUCACAACCAGUCAAAGAUGCCAGGCCUGAUUAUGAUGAUUAUGAUUAUGGUGAUUAUGAUGGCGAUAUUGAGGGCGAUGAUAACGAUGUGGAACGCAUGGAGACGCGAACGGGAAAUCGAAGUCGGACAUCCUCUAUCUCUGAUGACACGCUGAACGACAUCUCCCGAGCUCAUACGGGAUUUUCAGAAAUCGCUGAGGAAGAAGCCGCUGAAAAAGGCAUGCGCUCGAAAAACCGUCACCUUCGUUGCCUAGAUCCUGCCAAACCCUCCCAUGACAUCACUGUCGACUAUGUUAACGACCUCCUCACCCGUUUUGUUGACAUGAUGAUAUGCAUCCGUACCCAAGUUGUGCACGGGACUGGAAGUUCUAGAAGAGCUUCUGCUUUUGAGACAAACGAUCACAAUCAUUCAGCUUUCUUGGAGUGGACAAGUAAAGGUCGUGAGUGGGUCGAGCAAUUUAUUAUUGCACUUCAGAAUACCUCAAUGCUGUCCUUAGUUCAAUCUAAUUUGGAAGAGUUGGAGCGCGAAGUAAGCGCCGAUCUUCCCAAUCUGAGCAAAUCGCAGGCCGAAAUGGAACAGGAGUUGCAGGAGAAGGAUGCUCAGACCUCACAGACGAAUGGACUAAUUCCUCAGGACGGUUAUGAAGCCCUCGUAGCGAAGUAUGAUCGACUGUCAGUGCUGAAUGUGGAACUGCAAAAUGCGCAUGUCCUUUUGUUGGAGGAGUGGGGUGCGGCACGUCGGCAAUACGACACAACCGUUGCUGACCUCCGCACUUCUUGUGAUGAACUUCGCGAUGAAUUGGAGCGCUCCCAGGACGCUGCUCGUUAUCGCAGCAGUCGGAUCGAGGAAUUGGAGGACUGCCUCACAGAAGCCAACACUCGAGCUGCUAGUCUGUUGCAAGAGUUGAGUCAAACCAAGGUGACAAUCACGAGUCUUCAGGAGCGCCUAGAAAAGGCGGACACUGAGGUCUCCCAUCACCGGAGUGAGUUGGAACAGUGCAAGAUGCGGACGCAGGCCGUCACAAACUUCGAUGAUACAACUCCUCUCUCCCUCACUGCCAUCUUUGACUGCCUUUUGGCUGGUUUAGAAGACAGAAUUCAGUUGGCGGUAGAGGAGAGGAAGCGUGAAGAAGAAGACAGAAUUCGAAGUCUCACGAGCUCUUUUGAGUUAAAGGUCAGCAGUUUGGAGGCGGAGAUGGAGAAGCAGGUUGAGACUUACGAGGACGAAAUUAAGCAAAUGAAUUCCAAAUACUCCAACCUCCUGGAAUCCUCACAAUCUAAAUAUGCAUUCUACGAAGAACGCUGUGAAACUCUGGUCUUCCGAGAACAGGAACUCAAUGCUGAGUUGGAGACAAAGUUAGUGGAGCUGGAGCACCUUCGUCAAGACUACCAGAUGUUACAAACUGAGGUAGGCAUUCUACGACGUCGAGCAAUGAAUGCAGAACAUGCAAUGAGUGAGGAGUUGGCUGAAAAGGCACGUAAGUAUCCCGAACUCAAAGCUAUCGCUAUGGAUCUCAAAUCCCGACUGUUCAAACGUGCUGAACUGCUGGAGCACUCGUUAAACGAGGCAAAGCGUCUGCGUCGAAUCAUUCAGGAGAAUGAUGCAAGAGCAAAGGAGUUUUUGGAGGAAUUGGAACGACUCCGUACCCAGAUUUUAGCGAAAAAUUCAUCCAUUCGUCACUUGGAGAAGCUGGCACAGCAAUACUCCGAAGGAAGGUUGAAGACUUCCCCUGUUGGAAGAGUAUCGGAACUAGAUCCUCCCAAGUCUCUUUCCGCUGAGCACCUGGAAAAAUCGCCUCCACAGGCCUCGAUGCAAGUGACAACAUCAACAAGCACAAACGUCAGUGGCAAAGGAGAGGAGCCUGAUAGCCUAUGCUCAGUGACCCAACAUUCCUUCCUUAUCGACUCCACUCACAAGUCAACCAACACCGCUAAAACCUCCUCCUCGAAAACUCCCAGUGCUAUCACCGUUCCAGUGGUGGUGAUGGCGAAAGAGGAUGAGGUAGCUCAAACCAUCUCCUCAGGGAUUGUCUACUCCGCGCCUCAGUGCAUCGGAACUUCGCGUCCUCUGCUGUUGGACGCCUGUGAUGCAGAACCAUGCCACCAGCACCCAUCCUCAACGACUGCUGGUGAGACCAUUUCCAUUGUCGACGUCUACCAGGAUGAAGAGAUGGAAUGCUCACUGGAAGGAGUGACGCAGAGCUUCGGCAGCAAAGGAGAGGCCUCACUCACCAUUACUAUCUCACUGCCUUCCAUGAAGCAUCUUGCCUCUGGAGGAGAAGUGAAGAUCCCCAAAGACAUCUCCUAG